AUAUCGGUAUCGUAUUAUACGAUGUUAUGUCACAGGACUUCAUGCUAAAAACUAUAACAAGUGAAAUUAUUUUACCCUGUAAAAAGUAACAUAACCCGGCCCUAUAAUUAUUAUUUAUUUAUUUAUUUCCGUAAAGAAGAAAAAAAAAUUCGCUCAAUAUUUGAUUUGAAUAAUCCCAAUUUCAUUUCAUUCAAUCGAAAACAAAAAAAAACCCUUGUAAAACCCUAGACCACACAAACCAACAAGAUCCCUCUCCUUGAGUAACAGAAAAAAUGGCGUUAGGGUUAAGAGGUACAAGCGGAGAGCCAGUAAUUGACAGAGAAAAUGGCGAAGAAUUGAUACGCGUCCAACCUGGUGUCGACAUAGCCCUCGCUAAUCUUCCUCGCGAAUCCCCCGGCACUCUCUACAUCACUACCAAGCAAGUCAUAUGGGUGAAUGAUGUUGAUAAAUCUAAAGGAUAUGCUGUUGAUUUCUUGUCUAUUUCUCUUCAUGCUGUUUCUACAGAUCCUCAAGCUUAUUCUCUUCCUUGUCUCUAUACUCAGAUUGAAACGGAGGGAGACGAGGAACUCAAUUCUGACAACUCAGAUUCAGAAUCCAAUCAGGUUCAGGAUUUAUCCAAUGUCAGAGAGAUGAGGCUCAUUCCAACUGAUCCAACACAGUUGGAUACUCUGUUUCAAGUAUUCUGUGAGUGUGCAGAGCUUAAUCCAGAUCCAAAUGAUGAGGAGCAAGAAGAAGCACAUGAAUGGAUUUUCAACGCUGAGCAGAUGGAAGAGGAAGAAGCAGUGGAUGAAGAUUAUUUAUCUCAUAAUCCAACCAAUACUCUUGGUCAUUCAAAUGGACAUCAUGACCUUGCUGGUAACAUACUUGAGCUUCAAAUCAAUGACGAGCGAUUUGAGGAUGCAGAAGAGACUGAGCAUAAUGAAGAUGACACCCAUCAUCAUUGAUGCCUGCAUUUACCCUCAGAAUAGCAUAUUGUAGUGUUGUCCAAAACUCAUACCAGCUGGCUGUUCUGUAGUUUUGGGUUUUGUACAUGUAAAAACUAUUUUGAACGUCUGACUAGAUUCAUAGUGGCCGAGUUAGACUUUUUUUUUUUUAACUUGCGGAGACGAAAGCAACUGGAUCUUUUGAAUUUCUAGCUAAGAGUUAUUUUGAUUGUAAACAAUGGGGGUACGGUACCCAUGUGAAAGAUACUAGUCCGUGGUGAAUUCUUAUUCUAGCUAAGAGUUAUCUGUGAUUUCUUAAGUUGCAAGAUGAUAUUGAUAUGAUUAAGCAAGGUGAAUUAUCAAUUGUUUUAUGAUUCACAUUUCUGAAAGUUGUGGCAAUUAAAUUAAUUUGAGCGAAUUUUGGAUUUUGAUUUUGAUUUCA